AUGCCAUGUGACUUUCCUGGGACUGUGGAUGUCCAGGCCAAACCAUUUACACAGCUGGUGAAAGAAAUGCAGCUUCAUCGAGAAGACUUUGAAAUAAUUAAAGUAAUUGGAAGAGGUGCUUUUGGCGAGGUGGCUGUGGUCAAAAUGAAGAACACGGAGCGGAUUUAUGCAAUGAAGAUCCUCAACAAGUGGGAGAUGCUUAAGAGAGCGGAGACCGCAUGCUUCCGGGAGGAGCGUGACGUGCUGGUGAACGGCGACUGCCAGUGGAUCACUGCGCUGCACUACGCCUUCCAGGACGAGAACUACCUGUACCUAGUCAUGGAUUACUAUGUGGGUGGUGAUCUGCUGACCCUGCUUAGUAAAUUUGAAGACAAGCUUCCAGAAGACAUGGCAAGAUUCUACAUUGGUGAGAUGGUGUUGGCCAUCGACUCCAUCCAUCAGCUGCAUUAUGUCCACAGAGACAUUAAACCUGACAAUGUCCUUUUGGACGUGAAUGGUCAUAUCCGCCUGGCCGACUUUGGAUCAUGUUUGAAGAUGAAUGAUGAUGGAACUGUUCAAUCCUCUGUGGCCGUGGGCACACCUGACUACAUCUCGCCGGAGAUUCUGCAGGCAAUGGAGGACGGCAUGGGCAAAUAUGGGCCUGAGUGCGACUGGUGGUCCCUGGGCGUCUGCAUGUAUGAGAUGCUUUAUGGAGAAACGCCAUUCUAUGCAGAAUCACUAGUGGAGACCUAUGGGAAGAUCAUGAACCAUGAAGAGCGAUUUCAGUUCCCUUCCCAUGUCACGGAUGUGUCUGAAGAAGCGAAAGACCUCAUCCAGAGAUUGAUCUGCAGCAGAGAGCGCCGCCUGGGGCAGAAUGGAAUAGAGGAUUUCAAAAAACAUGCGUUUUUUGAAGGUCUAAACUGGGAAAAUAUACGAAAUCUGGAAGCACCUUAUAUUCCUGACGUGAGCAGUCCUUCUGACACAUCCAACUUCGAUGUGGAUGAUGAUGUGCUGAGAAAUACUGAAAUAUUACCUCCUGGCUCUCACACAGGCUUUUCUGGAUUGCACUUGCCAUUCAUUGGUUUUACAUUCACAACGGAAAGCUGUUUUUCUGACCGAGGCUCUCUGAAGAGCAUCAUGCAGUCCAACACAUUAACCAAAGAUGAGGACGUGCAGCGGGACUUGGAGAACAGCCUGCAGAUCGAGGCUUACGAGCGGAGGAUCCGGAGACUGGAGCAGGAGAAGCUGGAGCUCAGCAGGAAGCUGCAAGAGUCUACCCAGACUGUGCAGUCCCUUCACGGCUCCUCUCGGACUCUGGGCAAUGCAAACCGGGAUAAGGAAAUAAAAAGGUUGAAUGAAGAAAUUGAACGCCUGAAGAAUAAAAUUGCAGAUUCAAACAGGCUCGAGCGACAACUUGAGGACACAGUGGCCCUUCGCCAAGAGCGUGAGGAUUCCACACAGCGGCUGAGGGGGCUGGAGAAGCAGUACCGCGUGAUGCGGCAGGAGAAGGAGGACCUCCACAAGCAAUUAGUUGAAGCUUCAGAGCGACUGAAAUCCCAGGCCAAAGAACUCAAAGAUGCCCACCAGCAGCGAAAGCUGGCCCUGCAGGAGUUCUCGGAGCUCAAUGAGCGCAUGGCUGAGCUCCGCUCCCAGAAGCAGAAGGUGUCCCGGCAGCUCCGGGACAAGGAGGAGGAGAUGGAAGUGGCCAUGCAGAAAAUUGACUCCAUGAGGCAGGAAAUCCGCAAAUCUGAGAAGUCCAGGAAAGAGCUGGAAGCUCAGCUAGAGGAUGCCGUUGCUGAGGGUUCAAAGGAGCGCAAGCUUCGUGAGCACAGCGAGAACUUCUCCAAGCAAAUAGAAAGUGAGCUUGAGGCCCUCAAGAUGAAGCAAGGAGGCCGGGGACCAGCUGCCACCUUAGAGCAUCAGCAGGAGAUUUCAAAGAUAAAAUCUGAGCUUGAGAAGAAAGUCUUAUUUUAUGAAGAGGAGUUGGUCAGACGUGAGGCCUCCCACGUGCUGGAAGUGAAAAAUGUGAAGAAGGAGGUGCAUGAUUCAGAGAGCCACCAGCUGGCCCUGCAGAAGGAGAUCCUGAUGCUGAAAGACAAGUUGGAAAAGGCAAAACGGGAACGGCAUAAUGAGAUGGAGGAGGCAGUAGGGACAAUAAAAGACAAAUAUGAGCGGGAAAGAGCAAUGCUGUUUGAUGAAAACAAGAAGCUAACUGCUGAAAAUGAAAAGCUUUGUUCCUUUGUGGAUAAACUCACAGCUCAAAACAGGCAGCUGGAGGAUGAACUGCAGGAUCUGGCAGCCAAAAAGGAGUCGGUUGCCCACUGGGAAGCUCAGAUCGCGGAAAUCAUUCAGUGGGUCAGCGACGAGAAGGAUGCCCGGGGUUACCUUCAGGCUCUUGCCUCGAAGAUGACUGAAGAGCUCGAGGCACUAAGGAGUUCGAGUCUGGGAUCAAGAGCGCUGGAUCCACUGUGGAAAGUUCGCCGCAGCCAGAAGCUGGACAUGUCUGCACGGCUGGAGCUGCAGUCUGCUCUUGAGGCGGAGAUUCGGGCCAAGCAGCUUGUUCAGGAAGAGCUGAGGAAAGUCAAGGACACAAACCUCACCUUUGAAAGUAAACUAAAGGAUUCUGAAGCCAAAAACAGAGAAUUAUUAGAAGAAAUGGAGAUUUUGAAGAAAAAGAUGGAAGAAAAAUUUAGAGCAGAUACUGGGCUCAAACUUCCAGAUUUUCAGGAUUCUAUUUUUGAAUAUUUCAAUACUGCACCUCUUGCGCAUGAUCUGACAUUUAGAGAUUCUCUCUCCUCCUCACCUGCAUCUUCUCUGCUAGCCUUUUGGGAGGAAGGCAGCUCAGCUAGUGAGCAAGAAACACAGCCUGUAAAGCCAGAAGUGUCCCCGUCGAUGCCUGUGGCCGCAAACUCAGAACAGCAGGAAGACAUGGCCCGGCCCCCGCAGAGGCCGCCCGCUGUGCCGUUGCCUACCACGCAGGCCCUCACUCUGGCUGGACCGAAGCCAAAAGCUCACCAGUUCAGCAUCAAGUCCUUCUCUAGCCCCACCCAGUGCAGCCACUGCACCUCGCUGAUGGUUGGGCUUAUCCGACAGGGCUACGCCUGCGAGGUGUGUUCGUUUGCUUGCCAUGUGUCCUGCAAAGACAGUGCUCCCCAGGUAUGCCCCAUACCUCCUGAACAGUCCAAGAGGCCUCUUGGCGUGGAUGUGCAACGCGGCAUCGGGACAGCCUACAAAGGCUAUGUCAAGGUCCCCAAGCCCACUGGGGUGAAGAAGGGCUGGCAGCGGGCGUACGCAGUCGUCUGUGACUGUAAGCUCUUUCUGUAUGAUCUGCCUGAAGGAAAGUCCACCCAGCCUGGCGUCGUCGCGAGCCAAGUCUUGGACCUCAGAGAUGAAGAAUUUUCUGUGAGCUCAGUUCUGGCCUCAGACGUCAUUCAUGCUACACGCCGAGACAUUCCAUGUAUCUUCAGGGUGACGGCCUCUCUCUUAGGUGCACCUUCUAAGACCAACUCACUGCUCAUUCUGACAGAAAAUGAGAACGAAAAGAGGAAGUGGGUUGGGAUUCUAGAAGGACUCCAGUCUAUCCUCCAUAAAAACCGACUGAAGAACCAGGUCGUACACAUUCCGCAGGAAGCCUACGACAGUGCACUGCCUCUCAUCAAGGCCGUCCUGACGGCUGCCAUCGUGGAUGGAGACAGGAUUGCAAUCGGCCUGGAAGAGGGACUCUACGUCAUAGAGAUCAACCGAGAUGUAAUCGUCCGUGCUGCUGACUGCAAGAAGGUGCACCAGAUUGAGCUUGCCCCCAAGGAGAAGAUCAUAGUCCUCCUCUGUGGCCGGAACCACCAUGUCCAUCUCUACCCAUGGUCGACCUUUGACGGGGCGGAAGGCAACUUUGAUAUCAAGCUUCCGGAAACAAAAGGCUGCCAGCUCAUAGCGACCGCGACGCUGAAGAAGAGCUCCUGCACCUGCCUGUUUGUGGCCGUGAAACGGCUGAUCCUUUGCUAUGAGAUCCAGAGAACUAAGCCUUUCCAUAGAAAGUUCAAUGAGAUUGUGGCUCCGGGCUGUGUGCAGUGGAUGGCGGUGUUCAAGGACAGGCUCUGUGUGGGCUACCCUUCCGGGUUCUCACUGUUGAGCACCCAGGGAGACGGGCAGUCUCUGAACCUGGUAAAUCCCAAUGACCCCUCGCUUACGUUCCUCUCACAGCAGUCUUUUGAUGCCCUUUGUGCUGUGGAGCUCAAAAGUGAGGAGUACCUGCUUUGCUUCAGCCACAUGGGACUGUACGUGGACCCGCAAGGCCGGAGGUCACGCACGCAGGAGCUCAUGUGGCCUGCGGCUCCUGUCGCCUGUAGUUGCAGCCCCUCCCACGUCACAGUCUACAGCGAGUACGGCGUGGACGUCUUCGAUGUGCGCACCAUGGAGUGGGUGCAGACCAUCGGCCUGCGGAGGAUAAGGCCACUGAACUCUGAUGGCACCCUCAAUCUCCUCAACUGCGAACCUCCACGCCUGAUCUACUUCAAGAGCAAGUUCUCGGGAGCAGUCCUCAAUGUGCCGGACACCUCCGACAACAGCAAGAAGCAGAUGCUUCGCACCCGAAGCAAAAGGCGUUUUGUCUUCAAGGUUCCAGAGGAGGAGCGACUGCAGCAGCGGCGAGAGAUGCUUAGAGACCCAGAACUGAGAUCCAAAAUGAUAUCCAACCCCACCAACUUCAACCACGUGGCUCACAUGGGCCCAGGCGACGGGAUGCAGGUGCUCAUGGACCUGCCUCUGAGUGCUGUGCCUCCCCCCCAGGAAGAAAGACCCGGCCCCCCUCCUGCCAGCCUGGCCCGGCAGCCUCCGUCCAGGAACAAGCCCUACAUCUCAUGGCCCUCGUCAGUAGGUGGAUCGGAGCCUGGGGUGACCGUGCCUCUGAGAAGUAUGUCCGACCCUGACCAGGACUUUGACAAAGAGCCCGACUCGGACUCCACCAAACACUCGACUCCAUCGAACAGCUCCAAUCCCAGCGGCCCGCCAAGCCCCAACUCCCCCCACAGGAGCCAGCUCCCCCUUGAAGGCCUGGAGCAGCCGGCCUGUGACGCCUGAAGCCACCUGCCAGCCAGCACGGGGCCAGGGAGCUGGGACGGCGCCACCACCAGCGCCAAGACUGAGCUGACCCUCCAGUGUUGUCCGAGGAAAUGGAGAAUCCAUUUGUAGAUAUGGAGAUGAAGAAGAAUCUUUAUUAUAAUAAUGACCAGUUUCCCGCCGUGUUGUUCGCGGUGGCAGACCGUACCCACGUGUGUGCGCAGCUGUGAGGCGGCCGUUCCGUUUGCACAUGAAGGACCCCACGCAGCUGCUCGCCCACCCCCGCAGGCCAGAACGGGGCGCAGGGCCUAUCCACGUGCCGCCCCGGCGGGAGGCCACUGCUCGGGCUGUGGGGGCAGGCAGCUGGGGAACCCGCCUCCAGGACGAGUCUUUCCGUCUCACAGGACCUCAGAAGAACCGUGGGAAGUCGUUACCAGUCCCAGAGUCACUAGAAUUUCGAAGACAGGAGAGUGGAGACUCGUUUGUGGCCUUUUUAUGCAGUUUAGCCCUUGCAUAGUCCACUGCAGAAGUUCUUCUGCUGACCACCUAGUUGUGGACAGAGGCAGGACCAGUGAUGCCCUGCGCGUGCUAGCUCGUCCUGGGUUACGGCUACGAAGUGUCACCAGUCUCCGACUGUGAAGUCAGCUGUACUCUCUGUUCUCCACUCCCUCCGUGGCUGCCUCUGCCCUGGAGUCUGCGAGUGUCCUGGGCAGGCCACCCGUGCCUGCUGGGCUGAGAGGCGGCCAGUGCCCAGGAGCCUCGCGGCAGGCUCUGGGACGCCCCUCCCACCCCGCCUGGCCCUGCCCUGCAUGGACCCCAUGGUUAGUGCCCGUAUGGAUCCUGUAGAGCCACCCGACACGCCUGCACAUCGGCCCCCAUGGCGUGGGGAUGCCCCGCGCGUUUCACCUCACCCCUCCCUGUGUCAGAUGUUGAUGAUCAGGUCUGUGGCCCUAUCUCAUGAAAGGCUUGUGAUUCUCUGUGGCAGCAGACAGAGCUUGUCCCGGCUCAGGACGCCUCCCUGCCUUCCACCGACAGACACUUGGCAACGCUGUUCAGGACGCACUUACCUGAGUCGGCACUGAGUGGCCUGGCACCGCCCGCCCCUCCCACCCUCCCGGGCCUUCUGUGGGGCAGCGCCUGCCAGGGGUUCUGGUUUUUACUUUUUUAAUGUAAGUCUGAGUCUUUGUAAUUAUUGAAUCGUGAGAACAUUUUUGAACAGUUUACCUGUCAAUAAAGCAGAAGAUCAGCAGUUUUAAAGCUCCCA